CUUUUUGUAGUUUUCAUUGAAGACGCCUGUUAUAACUUGACAACAUGACAACGGUCGUUUUCCAACCAGGGAGAACCAAUGCCGAUGGGAGCGACUGAAUUGGCCGCUGUAGUCACCAGAUUGAAACGAGAAGGUCACAAGCGGACCAAACACGACUCCCAGUUCUCCAAAUGGAAGGUUCUCAUUGGGCCUGAUGAUUGGGUAGACUAUUCAAUAGGGAAAGAAGGAGUGGCCAGAUACAGGGUUGAAAAUCUUCCCAAAAAUUCAAGCUCAGGGCUUUAUGAGCUUGCUAUAUACCGUAGUGGCUCCUCGAGCAGGGAAAACACUGGCAAGCUUGACCGGUAUAAGGUUUUGGUGGUUUAUCUUGGGGAAGCUGACAAUGUCAGGACAAGACUCCAACAAUAUGGCCGUACAGGUGCUCAUUUGGGUAGAAGUAGCUCUGGAGAAAAGGGAUGUGGAUACUUUGAGGACAUUUUUUCAAGAGGCUAUUCGAUUGUGUACAGAUGGGCUCCUAUGGAAAACAAGGCAGACGCUCAGAGAACAGAAGCUCAGCUUCUCAAUACCUUUGAUUAUGCCUGGAAUAAAGGUUCUAAUGGUGCACGCCGCCAUGACAAUAUUCUUCGGAAACUUGAUAAAGGUGCAUCCAAUCGUACCCCACCAGCCAUUUUCUCCAGAAAGCUUCUACCCUUCCAUCAAAAGCAAGUAGGCAUCAAAAUCAAAGCAAGCAAGCUGCUUUCACAAGACAGUGAAUUCAGCAAAUAUUCUGAUGGAGAGGGCUACAACUUUUUGUGGCAAGUUUUCAAGUUCAGCAGAUCACAGCCUAGGUUAGUUUUUGAUCGUGGUGGCUCUAAUGAGAAUGACACUAUCAUUUGUGGGGUGGUUUUAGUGGAUGGUUCCAUUUGUAGAAGGCCACCACUUGAAGGAAGAAAAAGAUGUGCUGAACACAAGGGAAAGAAAACUAGGGGGUCCUCUGUGAGUUUAAGUACAAGUGAGAAAUCACACACGCAUAAGGCAUGCUCAGACUAUGUUAUUUUUGGAAAUGGAGAAUACAAUGUUAAUGGAUCAAAGAUUCCCAGCUUUGGCACAGUGCCUUCAUUGAUUGCAGGGGACUGUCCUGCAAUUGAGCGCUGCAGCCCUAUUUGUGAAGUUGCCAUGGAUGAUGGCUCUCUUUGUACUAGGCAGCCAGUUUCAGGAAGAAAGAGGUGUGAUGAGCAUAAAGGGAGGAAAAUUUGUAACUCCAAUUCAGAGACAACAAGAUACCAGACAGUGCCAUAUGUGGUUUCUGAUUCAUAUGCUAACGAUGCUUUAGGUUUUGACAAAAAAUCCUCAGAAACUUUUAUACGUGGAAAAGUGGAAACUGGAGUUGCUCCACAUAGGCCUGUUUUCAAUGAUGGCUGCGAUACUAUAUGUGGGGUGGAAUUAGGUAAUGGCUAUUUCUGCACAAAGCAACCUGUUAGAGGAAGAGUCAGGUGUGAGGAGCAUAAAGGGUUGAGGGUUACUAGUCUACUCUCUCGAUUCGAUGCAAAGAGCACAUCCCAUGAUUUUGACAUGGAUCCAAGAUUCAAUUCACAUAAUUGGAAGUACGGUCGUAGCAGUAGUAGUACAACCAUUUGUGGAGCACCCACCCGCAAUGGUUCUUCCUGCCAGAGGACAGUUAACGGAAAUGGAAGAUGUUGGCAGCACUCGAACUAUGGUUGUAGUAGUAUUAGUAGUAGUAGUAAUUUUAGCACAAAGAACUCAAAUUAUGGUGAUAGUAGUACAUCCAUUUGUGGAGCACCCACCCGUAAUGGUUCUUUCUGCCAGAGGAAAGUCAAGGGAAAUGGAAGGUGUUGGCAGCACUAAUUGGUUAAGGCAAUUGUGUCUCUUGGGCAGAGAUUUGUGGGACUUCCUAUUUAUCAUGGAUGAUGGUCUGAGUGCCGCAUUGGGUGGAGAGUCACCAUUUCUUCUGCUCUGGAGAGAGUGCAGGAACCGAAGAGUUUUUUAAGUAUUUUGUACAUUAGAUGAUGGUAAAAUCAAAAUACUUCAUAAGAACAGUUUGGUGUCUCUUAUUUCAAAAUGAUGUUUUUGGCUUUUUAAUAUUA